GCUUAAGAAAGAUCAUUCAUUAACAUCACCAACACAACCAUCAGAUAUUUCAAGAGUACAUCUGCACAUAAAACAGGGCAAUGAAGAAGUUUUUAGUUCAGAAUACAAGUUCAUCAAAAGGUCUUAAACCGUUGGUUCUAUAAUCUUACCCAUAACUACUGUUAGAGAUUCAUAUAUUCCAAUUUUAUAUCAGGAAAGCACUAAAGAUAGUUUAUUCUCAAACUACUGAAUGAGCUAGUGGAAAUGUUUCCCUUGAAUUGAAUCUCUUUUUGAGUAGUUGUAAACACAAUUUCAAACUCAAAGAAGCAAAAGGUACAGAAAAGAACAAGGCAAUAAACAUAUGUGCCUAUUCUUUUCAUGGUUCGAGCAAAGCCACCCCAGCAAUUACUUGCAUCAACCGUAGAUCUAUCUACUUCCACAUAAAUAAAACCAUGGACACUAAAAAACUGCAAUCACUUGCAUUCACUAAAGAUAAAAUCUGCCUUCAAUUGAGAGUGGACUGGGCUUCGAAGAGUAUGACAACAACCGGCAAACCGCCGCGCACAGAAAGCCAGAAACUAAGCAGUGAAGCAGUCCAAACCGGCAAACCGCCGUGCACCGUCCAAGUGCUGAGCUUAGGUUGGGAUUUGGGGUUUUGCCGAAACGGAACGCUGUGUACUAUUGCGGCUGCUAGUCUGCUGCCGUGUUGUCUCUUCCCCUGCGCGUGUGGAGUUGGAUUUGGGAUGUUGAGACUUAGGGCCGUGGUCUAACUGUGGGCUUCGCUGGAAGGAUAGGAGAGGGCGGAUGAACAAAUCUACGGAUGAAGAAGUUGGGCUUUGAAGAAGUUAGAGUAUCGCCAAAGAUCGCAAGAUGCUCAGGUCGACGAUUUCAGCAAGGUUUGUAGACAGAAUGUUGUUGUGAGCGAUGAAAUAUUUGAAAGGAGCUAAGGUUAAAGAAGGCAUUCCUUGAAGGCAGAGGCGUCUGAAUCGUAAGGACUAAGGAGUGCGAAAAUGAAGCUGAACGAAUCAGCCCU